UAGUUGAGAUGCUUUUCCUUGAAGCAAGGGAAGAAAUUGAGUGAGUGAUGAAUAUUUUGAGGCUUCCAAGGGUGACUAGCAAAUUUCAGCACAACCUCUGUUUAAACACAGCCCUGCAUUCAACAAGAGAAUUGCAAGGGAGACGAUCAAGAAUAUUUUGCAAUAGGUCAUCUGAAACAGAGAUCUUAUUUUACUUAUGCCUUAUGGAUUCUGAGUCCUUACAGUUGCCACUUACCUUCAGGAUUUUCAAUCCCGAUUGACUUGGAAAAAACUGGAAGCUUCAGGAUUUCCACUUUCCAGUUUUAUUUGACAUGGCCAAAUUGGCAAGGAACCUUGGAUUUGGAAGGCAUGUGGCAUUAAUUGGCAUCACAUAUUCCUGGUAGGAAUAGGAAAGACACCAUUAAUUGAGGUCAUUUUAAACUGGUAUUCUUUCGCUAUAAGGACUCUACUUCAAGUCUCUACAAAAACCAACAUCCAAUCACAAACCUUACAGUUUGUUUCCAGCAUCACAAGAAGAAGAAGAAUUAACAAGAAGAAGAAGAAAGAAGAUGGGUCUGAACAAGGCAAUGGCACCACUUUGCGUAAAGGGUUGUGGGUUCUACGGGUGUCAGGAGAACAAAAACAUGUGUUCAAAGUGCUACAAAGAAUUUCUCAAGGCAGAGAUAACCAAGGAUGAACCCAAAACAGUAAACAUGGAUAAAAAUUUGCUCCCAAACAUGCCUUCUGAUUCAACUUCCGGUGAAACGAAGUCGGACAUUCUGAGAUUUGAGCCAGGUGGGUCAGGUGAGUCAGGUGGGUCGAGUCCAAGUGUGAAGAACAGAUGCAAGAAUUGCAACAAGAAGAUCGGUUUGAUGGGUUUCAGGUGCCGAUGUGGGGAGAUGUUUUGUGGGGUUCACCGAUACCCGAAAGAACAUUUCUGCACUUUCGAUUUCAAGAAAGCUGAUCGAGAAAUUUUGGCUAAACAAAAUCCACUGAUUAAUGGUGAUAAAUUAUCAGAGAGGAUUUGAUCUGAUUCAUGGCUGUUUCAGUUGGAAAUUUUCUAGGAUUUUUCUUUUUUAAAUCACCUUGUGUGGUUUCUGCAAUUACUUAUUAGAUUGAUAACAGUCUAUACCAAAUUUUUUCAACGAGGCUUGAUGGUCGUCAACCUAGGGCUGGGAUC